AUGGCCGAUGGUACGCGUUUGAAGGAGCUGCAGGAAGCACAAAAGAAAAUGGAUCAGUUAUUGCAAGCGGAAUCUUUACAGAGAACAGUUACUGAAGAGAGAAUGAAGGAGUUGAUAGCUGGAAUUGAUCAAAAAGUAUAUGCAAAAUAUGAUCAGCUAUCUACUAUCUUAGGAGACAUUAAGAUGCAACUUCAGUUUAUGGCGCAAAACAAGGAAGGAACGGGUUCUAUUUUAGGCCCGACUCCGGGAUCUGUGAGGAAAGAAGGUAAUCCUACUAGAAACACUGCUUUUACUUCUAAGGUUAGGAGUGAUUACUCUUCUCAGCACAGUUUCAACUCUGGUAACUCUGUGCAUAGGAUUGAUUUCCCUAAAUUCAAUGGUACCAAUCCCAGGGGAUGGAUCCUUAAAUGUAACACGUAUUUUAAGUUAACAGCUGCCAUGUCUGAUGAGAAUAUGAUCCAAUUGUCGGUCCAUAAUUUCGAGGGAAAGGCAUUACAAUGGCUGCAAAACUUUGGUUGUGAGAACCUAUUUUCUAUCACUUGGGAGCAGUUUAUGGAUGUGGUGGAAGCUAGAUUUGAAGACUUGAACGAAGGGAAAAUAGUCAUGGAGUUUAAAAAUCUUAAACAAACUGGUACUUAUGAAGAGUAUGUUGAAAAAUUUGAGGAGUUAAGGGCGUGCUUGUUGCUCAGUAAUAGCAUGAGUUACUCUGAAGAGUAUUUCAUUGCAAGCUUCAUCAGUGGCAUGUCUGAGGAGUUACAGGGGUUUAUGCUAUUGUUCAAACCUAAGACUCUAGUUGAGGCUGUUGAGAUGGGAUACAAACAGAUUUCAACUCUUGAUGCCAUUGCAAAAAGGGUUAAACCCAUUCCCAGGAAUUUCCAGAACCAUGGAACAAGUUACAAGAGGCCAGAGGGUGGUGGAACAAUUAUCAAGCCUAAUAACCAAGGAGUCAGCAAAACUCCAAUCAAAAUACUAACCACUGCAGAGAUGGCAGCUAGGAGGGAGAAGGGACUCUGGUUUAAUUGUGAUGAGAAAUUUUUUGCUGGGCAUAAAUGCAAACACAAGUUAUUCUUCAUGGAGAUGACUGAGGCACAAGAGCAGGCAUACUCACAGCAUGAAGAAGAAACUGAGGAAUUGAUUUUAGAUGAGCUUGAACAUACUGAAGAAGUUCAUGUUAACAUGCUUGGAGGUGCUAACUCCAGAACCAUGAGGAUCAUCGGCAAGGUUGGAGACUCCCCAAUUAGAAUCCUCUUGGACACUGGAAGCACACUGAGUUUCCUACAAAAAAAAUUUGCUAAGACUAUUGGGGUUGAGUUAGAGCCUGACUUUCCUAUUAUAGUCAGGGUAGCCAAUGGACAGAAACUGAUGAGUAACAGGAGAGCAGUUGACUCAUCUUGGGAGGUACAAGGACAUACUUUCACUUACUCUCCUAGGAUAUUGGCCAAUGAGGGUUAUGACUCAAUACUAGGCAGUGAUUGGUUGGAAUUCUGUUCUUCCAUUAUCUUGGAUUAUAAGAACAUGACUUUUGCAGUUCAUCAAGGUUCAAGGAUAAUCAAAUUAAAAGCUGAAACUGACCAGACCAGGUUUAAAGAAACAUCAACACAAGGGCUAUUCCAUAUGUUGCACCAUCACUUGGUUGAAGUGGUGGAGGUUUAUCUGGUGGACUGUCAACAAGCGCUGACAGAUAAUUCCAUCACAAGUCCAGAGUUGGAAAAGUUACUAGAAGAAUUCUCAGAUAUCUUUGGUGAGCCCCAAGGCCUACCUCCUACAAGAUGCAUAGAGCAUCAGAUUAUUCUCAAGCCGGAGAGUGUUCCCAAACAUCAAUAUCCCUAUAGGACCUCCCACAACCACAAGAAUGAGAUUGAAAAGAUUGUGCAAGACAUGCUUGCAGCUGGGAUUAUACAACACAGUAAGAGUCAUUUUGCUUCACCAGUUAUCUUGGUAAAAAAGAAGGAUGGAACAUGGAGGAUGUGUGUUGAUUAUAGAUACCUAAACUCUCUCACUGUCAAACAUGAUUUUCCCAUUCCUCUGAUUGAUGAGUUAUUGGAUGAGCUACAUGGAGCUAAAUUCUUCUCCAAACUGGACUUAAGGUCUGGAUACUUUCAAAUUCAAGUCAAGGCGACUGAUAGAUAUCUCACAGCUUUCAGUACGCAUCAUGGCCAUUUUGAAUUCCUGGUCAUGCCGUUUGGCUUAUGCAACGCACCUGCUACCUUUCAAUCCCUCAUGAACCUGGUUUUCCAGCCCCAUUGA